UCACGCACGCACAGCUCGUGGGGACGCACAGAACGUGCGAUUUUCCUUUGUAACAACUGAAUGAAGAGUUCACAUUGAGUCUGUCGCUUCCUCCUCUUUUAUUAGGCUGAAUAACCAUUCUUUAAAUACUCUUGUAAACCGACUAUACUUCACGUCUGUUUUUGUUGUGUGCAAACGCGCAUGCAGAACCUAACCUUCUUGAAAGAAAAGCAUCAGGUCAAGCGCAUUUCGUCGUGGAAAGCACAUUUUUGCGUUUCUAUUUUUUCAGAGGAUACAAAAGCGAAAAACUAUCUCGUUUCUAAAGCCACGCUUUUAUCUCUGAUCGGCGUCCCCAUCUCACUUCCGCGCAUCCGGGGGGAUUUUUGUUGAAGGCGAACAACCAUGGCUGCUGUAACAAGCCCGGAGACGAGCCCACAACCCCGGGUAUAUUUCCAGACACCGGCCGGCACCACAGAAGAACCGGAGACUCCCGUCAGAAAACAAGGACGUGUUACCGUCAAAUACGACCGCAAAGAGCUGAGAAAAAGACUGAACCUCGAGGAGUGGAUUAUCGACCAGUUGACGGAUCUCUACGACUGUGAGGAGGAGGCCAUUCCAGAGCUGGAGAUUGAUGUUGAUGAAUUGUUGGACAUGCCGAGUGAUAUUGAGCGAGCAGCAAGAGUGAAGGACUUGCUUGUUGAUUGUUUUAAACCUACUGAGGACUUUAUCUCAGCAUUGUUGGACAAAAUCCGAGGGAUGCAGAAGCUGUCUACGCCUCAGAAGAAAUGAUGCCACCUCAGUCCAACCUCGCUGCUCUGCUCUUGUCAAGUCCUUCUGGCCUUCUAAACCAUGUGCCCCCAUUGUGUUCUCCUUUCAGUGGCCUCAUAAACACUGCAAAAGUCACACGUCCAUUUACACAUCCACUCACAUUUUUGAAGUUUAAAAUGCCUCUUCAGUGUUUGUGGCAUGUCUUAAACCAUAAUGUCCAACUAAAAGAAACAUCUAAAACUUUCCUAUAAACAAAACUGAUUCAUGAAUCUGUAUGUUUAAAGAUGUCAGUAAAUUAAUUUUGUCCAAUGCUAUGAUGAAAAAGAUUGCCCCUGAAGGUAGGGGUCACUUGAAUCUAAAUUACUCUGACUCUGGAGGUACGGUUCUCCAAUACACUCACCCCCUACAGUCAAAAUAAAAGUAGUUUUAGUGAAAUGUGUGUGAAGAAAGAAAACAACCUCUUAUAAGGGCUUGGCAUUUAUUUUUUUGCUUGUUAGAAACUGUGGCUCAUCUUUCUCAGUAAUACUUGAUUUAUACUAGCCAUAAUUGCUCUAGAAGCUAAGAGAUGUAAUUUGUUGUUAUCUAGCAGAUUAUUUUAAAGCUCCACUAUGUAACUUUUAUGGUUGCCUGAAAUGUUCCACAGUAUAUUGAACAAUUACAGAUACUAUAUUGCUAAACAAUACCCUGAAAACAUGGGUUCUUGUGAAUUCAAACAUUUAACAUUUCACUGAAGACAAGCAUGUAGCAGACCAACAAAGCAGUGGAUUGUUCGAUUUCUCAAACAUGCAUAAAUAACCUAAAAACCACUUCAGACAUGUUUUUUGUUUUCCUUAAGAUUUACAAAGUACAACUAUUCUAUGUCUAAAUGAUAGACUGUAUAAAUUGAGGCUAACCUGCAUGGGGUCACUUCUGGCUCCAUCGACUCUAUUUCAAUUGACUUUACAUUGAAAAACGUUGCUCCUCUCUCCAUAACUGGCACAGUGAGCCUUGUCAUUUUGGUAAUUCUACAUGUUCCUGAUGUUUUUAUUGAGCUCUUUUGUCCAUAAAUAAAUUCCCAUUCCUAAUUCCUAGCCUCGUGAUCUUCAUUUGACUGGAGCCAAAUGCUAUGGGUGACGUCACACUCCUUUAGUCCACUUCAUUUUACAGUCUAUGCUCUAAACAUGGAAAAUGUCUGACCUUUUUCAAACCCUGUUUCUAUUUCUAAGUGUAUAUGUGUGUAUUCAGUGCGUACAGUACACAUCAUUUAGCACCAUAAAAGUUAUAUAGUGCACCUUUAAAUGUAAUAGCCUCAUCACCCUUCUUCUUUCACCAUUCUUCAAAAGUUUCUGUUUGACUCUGCUUUCAGGAUGCGCAGGACCAACUUGUGUUCCUAAAUUUUAUCCUUUCUUCAACCCUUUUUUUCAGUUUGCAGUAGGUGUGCAAUUUGUUUUGUCUUUUUUAAUAGCAGUUUUGAAGUGCUUAAUAACAGUAAAUAACUUUACCUCUUUCUCUUCUUAGGUCUGCAUUUAUUUAUUUAAAAAAAAUAUUUUUCAGCCAGCUCAGAUUCAUAUGGAAGCCCAUUUCCGCCAGUAAAUAAAAAAUAAAAGCCACAGGGAAAGUCAUAAUUUAGUUUGUUUGUUUAGUAAGUUUAAAAGUCAUAAUUACGAGUUUUAAACUCGUAAUUAUGUUAUGAGAGGCCAUCCUCCAGGUGCUCAGGACAUCUCCACAUAGCUCCAUUUCCUUGUUAACUUGUGAAUAUUGUUAAAAGACAAGAAAGAGAGAGAGAUAUCCACACAAAUCCCACAUGAAUGAGUACGUGCGAAGUGUCCAUCUAUCCUCUGCCCAUGGUAGCUGGUUUAAUCCAAAAAGGUGAUGAAGCACCUUUGGCUCUGCAGUGCACCCGUUCUCCUGGCCUGGCUGGGAAUUGAUGAGCUUUGCUGGGCACUUAGCACUGGUUACUUCAGGUUGCUCAAUGAUGAAUAUAUGAGCAUAAAGCAAAUCAUUUAAAUACAGUGUGAAGUGAAUUAGUAAAAUAAUAAAUUUUUACUUGUAGUGGGUUCAUACAUUCUCCAGGAAAAUGGUAACACCAGCCCACAUGCUUGCAUACCAAGAGCAGGUUCAGAGUUAACUUUGAAAACUCCUAAUUAUGAGUUUAAAACUUGUAAUUAUGACUUUUAAACUCAUAAUUGACUUUGAAAUUCAUAAUUAUGACUCUGAAAUUUGUAAUUAGUAUGAUAUUUACACUCAUAAUUAUGACUUUAAAAUUCGUAAUUAUGACUUUAAAACUCGUAAUAAAGACUUUUAAUCUCGUAAUUAUGACUUUCUGUGAAGCUUUUAUUUUUUAUUUAUUGGCGGAAAUGGGCUUCCAUAGAUUUACACUAAUCAUCCCAAAACAAGCCAUCGAUUCCUAUACCAGAGCCAAUCCAACACCAGCCCAUACAGGUUGGGUUCACAUGACAUUACCACGAUACAAACAGCCUGUUUAUAUCGUGGUAAUGGAACUGAGCUAGAAUGGCAUAUUGGAGAGGUUUUACUUGGUUUAAGAUUAUGAACUUUUGUCUUUCCCUGGUACAGAUAUAUUGUAUAAGCAGCUCUCAAAGUCAAAAUAAGUCUGCUAUCAGAAAGUGUGCAUGAGCAUGCUAUUUGUUGUUGUUAGCUUUACUGCCAUGGCAAAACUCAGCUCUGGUCCAUGAGUAUUGUUAAAAGCAUACAACAGUUUUUUCACAUUUUUCAGAGGGGCUUCAUCAUCCUCAGUUGAAAAGACCUUAAGUAACCACUGACAUAAAAGAAGGUUCAGUAUCUGUGGAUAUUCCGUUUGGAUAGCAAUGUGGUGGACUUCUUGUAGAGUUCUGCAGGCCCCUGUCCUCCAUCUUAAAGGUCCUAUAUUAUGCAAAAUUAACUAUGUUAAUGUUGUUACUUCAUUAAAAACAUAACCAGAGUUGUUUUGUUUUAUUCCCACAUGUUGAGUUAUCCUCUAUUAUUAGUCUAUGUUCCAUCUUGUGACGUUAUGCAGUGGUAGUUGUCAAGUUAACAGCUACCUUUUUCUUUUUUGUUCAGUUGAGACUGGUAAUUCUAGGGCUGAAAUUAAGAUGUAUGGAGUACUUCCUGUUUGACCACAUGACAUCAUAACGUGGAACACAGUGUUUUCUGUUGCAGGGUUUGUAUGUUAAAUGUGUGAAUGAAACAAAACUUAACUCUGUUUUUCUGAGGGAACAACAUUAUUACAUAAACAAAUAGCGCAAUAUGGGCCAUUUAAAUUAUUAUAUCAAAAUCACAAAAGUUAUUACAAGCAGUAACUUAGUAAAACAUAUAAAGAGAGAGGAGAGAGAGAGAGGCCACGUCUCUUCUCCUUGAUUUCUCUCCUCCAUCCUCUAUCAGUUAUCAAUGAAAUGUGUCAUAUUAAAUGGUGUCCCAAAGAAAACUACAGAAGGAGGGAGUAAACAUAAGGGAGGGUUCAGGAGCAUGAAUCAAACUUUAUUGGUCUCAGUGAGGAGUUUAUAUCCUUUCUCUUCCCUGUGUCUCCUCUGUGGGUGGGACUUCCUCAACCAUUUCCUGCAGAAUCGAGGAGAGGAAUCAUGGAGAGGGAAGAGAGGAAAGGGAAAUGAGAUGUGGACAGAGAGACAGGGUUUUCUAGGAGACAUCUCUUCGGGUCAAUAUUGCAGACUGGUAGGAGAAUAACACACUGCAUGUGUAGGCCUGUAUGUGUAAGACCAUACUUUCUCUGCUUCUCUCUCAUUCCUUUCCUUCAUACAACUCUCUUUUAAUAAACUAAUGUUGCCUUAGGUAUUAUUAUGUUACACAAACCAAAAACAGAAGAACACCCCACACAUCAUAGAAACACAACAGACACUGCCACUUGAACACCUGCAGAGCAUGUGCUCUUCUUUUUGUACUUGUAUAUGAAAUUGAGAUUUAUUUUGUUGUUGUUGUUGUUGUUUUUUUUUUUGUAUUAUUAUUAUUAUUAUUAUUAUUUUAGAAAUGUUAGGCCUUGAAACUGAUUGUUCUGUUUAGGGAAUCACCAUUUUUUGCAUUUAUUACUUGAAUACUGUUUUUAUUGUCAUGACACUUGUUGAAGUCAGACAUGGGCUUAUUAUAUUGUAAAUUAGAGGUGGAUGAUAUUGUCAAAUGUGAAUACCCCAUUUUAACCCUCUCCAGGCAGGCGUUGCAGAUUUGCAACAGCUAAAUGCCAAUUACGUACUUACUCCACAUCCAUAUUUUAUGAGCUUUUUUCCUCAUGCAGAAAAUACUCCACUGUGUUAUUAAAUUCCAUAAACCUUCACUAUAAUCAUUUUGAUCAUUUCAGCCAUGAAAUUGUCUAACUUUGCAGUUGCAGCUAUUGUUUUAGCCUAAUUAAAAUUGCUUGACUUCUCAGUGCACCAGCAGAUAUUGAAAACUUUCUAUUUAUUAUCUCAUGGUAAAACAAAAUUGUUCAUAAAUAAAAGCAACCGCAUAAGGUUCUUCUAGAGUAAUGAAAAGUAAGGUAAAAGGUGAAAAUGAGUAUUUUCAGUUUUGGAUAGCCUAAUAAUCCACAUGUGAAAUGGAGCAAAAUACAACUCCAGGUAUGUUUUUGAGUACAUAACUGGAUUAUAACAUGGUUAUAAGUUCACAGGAGUCAGUUUUGUGUAACACAGGACCUUUAAAUGGCUUUGCUGCAAGUGUUACUUAUUUAUUAGAUAUUUCAUAGUUUUCUAUAGAUUACUUGGUAUUUUAUUCCUUCUUGUUUGUCAGUUUUUCUGUGUGUGCAAAAAAUCAAAACAUCAUUUUGAGAUGAUCUUGUAUAUAUUGUCCACCUCUAGUUACAAAAAUCCAGUCAAAAGAUGGAGAUCUUCUGUAAAACAAGGCAUUAAAAGCAUUUGAGUGGAUAUUUAUCAUUCACAAUCCAGCAUUGGACUAUACCUUGUUAGACUGUUACUGAGAAGUCUGUUUUUUUUACUGUUGGGGGGGAUUUUUUUAAAUGUCUAGGCUACUGUUGAUUGUAAAUUAAGCUACCUGAGCUAAACUGUGUCUUAGCCAAAAUAAAUUACAAUGUUUUUGAGAAGGAUUAGAUCAAACCAACCAAUGUAGCAAUAUCAACAACAGGUUUUUGCCCAGUUUUGUUACACUUUUAUGCAACUUUAAUAAAAAUGUGUGAAUUUGAAA